AUGCUGUCUGAAUUGCAUAAUGCAUCCGAGUUGGGCCAGUGGUAUCUCCUGGUCCGACACAUCUACCGAGAUCGGCUCCAGGCACAGAUCAUGAUCUAUGUGAUGAGCCCCAGUGGGCAGCUGGAGCAGGUGUUUGCAAAGGCGACCGCCAGUUACGUCUCAUGCAGCGGCAAUGCGGGCUACUGCACCCAGAGCAUCUGGUCAGCAGGUUUCCAGAACUCGUUACUGACGGCGUCAAGCCCCUCCGGGCCCUACUACGCCUACUUUGCCAUUCAGGGCCUGAUCACGGGACGUUUUCCUCGACUCUUCACCAACAUCGACUUUGCACAGCCAACGACAAACAUCAGCAUCUUUACGCCAGACGCCAAUACCAUCACAGGGAUGACCCAAUUCUUAAGCGGACACUGCCUGGACGGGUUUCGCCCGGGAGAGUGGUACAACACCCUGGCGGGAAUAUAUCUGGGCCAAAACCUCUCCCUUCAAUUCAUGGCCGGGGAGGAGAAGGCAUGGGUCAACGUGAGGACUUCCCUGCAGCCCAACAGGACCCUGAGAGCCAGCUACCUGGCAAAUGCAUGUUUCAGCACGCUCUUCUUGAUCGACACCCUGCUCCCCCUCUGGGAGAGGUGGCAGGACAUCCCCCCUUCCACCAUCACCCACUACCCUCAAGUCGGCACUGAGGGAGUCGAGGAGCGGGAACAUGACGAGUCCCAGCCGGCGUCAGCCCUGAGCGACCUGGCAACCCAUCGUGAAGGCAGGUCAGCCCUUGGAUCCUGCGGCAAUAGGGUUCCCAUGCAGGUGGACCCGGAUGCUGACCUUGUCAACGGCAUCCUCCACGCCUCCAGCUUCACAUUCGACCUGGACCCCGAGACGAAGCAGCGCAUAGUCCUGGGGGCGGGAAGGUUUGGGCAGGUGGUGGCGGGGCGCCUCCAGAACAGAGAGCCCAUCGCCAUCAAGUGUAUUGAGGCCCCCCCGUCCGGGCCCAGCCUGGCCCUGGAGCCUGGGUCCCUGCUGGCGCGGGAGGUGCAGAUCCUGCGUCAUUGCCGCUCCGCCUACGUGGUCAAGUUCAUGGGCAUCGCGAUUGACCCCGGCGCGCAGGAGGUGCAGCUCAUCACCGAGCGGAUGGCGGGGGGGGACCUGAUGCGGCUGCUGAGCGGGAGGCGCAUUCCCUGGAGGAGCCGGGGGUGGAAGCUCGCCCUGGACGUCGCCCGUGGGCUCGUGUACCUCGCCUCCAAGAGGAUCGUGCACAACGACCUGAAGAGCUCCAACAUUCUGCUGGACGAUGAAGGGAGGGCCAAGAUCAGCGAUGUUGGCCUUGCACAGAUGCUGCCGGGAACGUGUUUACAUCCUGGUGCCGCUGCUGCUGGGGGCGGCUCCUUUCACUGGUGUGCCCCUGAAGCAAUCCUGGGCCUGCCCUGUUCGGUUCAGUCCGACAUCUUCAGUAUGGAUGAAUGCGGGCAAGUGGAUACAUACUGGAGGGGCCAGCUGACAUCAGCCACCUACUUUGGCCUCCUCCUUCUACACUGGACCGUGGGAGACUUUGCGGCCGAGAAGAAAGUCGUCGUGCCUUACAACGGCUCGUAUGUGGCGGACACGCUGCUUGCUGCCGUGCUGGGGAACAGCUCCACCAACAACAACUGGAAGCUAGCAGCCCGGAUGGUGGACAACAAAGUGGCGACGGUCUCGGUGAUCGACGUCCAGGGCAACGCAGUGAGCCUUCCAUCAGGCGUGGUGGCCAGCUACAUCACCUGUGGCGGGACCCGCAUCUAUGUCAUUGAGCAGCCCAUCACUCCUCCGGAUUUCCCCAAUGUCAAUGCCACCAGUGUUCCGGGGCUCCAGGACUACUGUUGGAAGAACAUCUGGAGUGCUGGGUUCAGGGUGCCUGGCAAAGUUUCUGCCAACAACCCAAAUGGGCCCUACUUCAAAUACUUCUCCUACAUGUCCUUCUUCAUGAGCAAGUACCCUGAGCUGUACGUGAACCUAGACCUCGCCCAUCCCAUGACCAACGUCACCUUCCUGAUCCCAGAUGCGCAUGUCCUGUCCCGGCUCCACGCGUACUUUGAUGCGAUCCCCCCGGAGGAGUACCGGAGGGCAAACACGGCCACCGCACACUACUUCAUCGAUGGUGGUCGAUGUCCGGACAGUAUCGAGAAGGGGCGCUGGAUCCCCACCCUUGCGGCGACGUACCUGGGUCAAAACCUGUCGGUCCUCAUCACGCCCGGCAGCGAGCCCAACAAGAUCGAGGUCCGCACGUCGCUGCAACCAGACAAGGUGGUCCUCGGCAAGUUUCUCACCACUUCUUGCUAUGGGACAAUCUAUGCGCUGGAUGAUCUGCUGCCCAUGUGGGACAGGUGGCAGGACAUCCCCCCAGCAGAGCCUGCUCGCUACCCGCAAGUGGAUCAGGACCUCCUUUUCAGCGUGAAUCCAACCUGCGGGGCAGGGGAUGCCAUAGUGGGGAGGUUCAGCGCCCUGGAGGAGCUCGAGCAAGGCAGCGCGACUUCGGGGAGCGGCGGCCUGAGUGCUGGCGCCAUCGUGGGCAUCGUUCUGGGCAGCCUUGCCCUGGCCCUUGCCUUGGCUGCUGGACUGGUCUUGGCGGGAAGGAGUGAGAAGGCUCGACAGGUGUUUGCUGGUCACCUCAUGAACGGCGAGCCUGUGGCCAUCAAGUGUGUGCGGGGUCCUUACCCGGGGACCCCGCUGCAGCUGGCCUCCGAGGGCUGCUUGGCAGAGGAGGCCAGCAUCCUGAAGCGCUGCCGGUCGGCGUAUGUGGUGUCCUUUGUGGGCAUGGCCGUGAACCCUGGUGCUGGGGAGCUGUACCUCCUGACCCACCGCAUGGCCGGCGGCGACCUGUAUGCCCUCAUCCAGAAGAGGCAUGUCACCUGGAACUCUGGAGGCUGGAGAAUAGCCCUGGACAUCGCACGAGGCCUGGUGUACCUGGCAUCCAAACGCAUCGUGCACAAUGACCUGAAGAGCUCGAAUGUGCUGCUGGACGGCGAGGGGAGGGCCAAGAUCAGUGACGUGGGCCUGGCCAAGAUGCUGCCAGGGUCAAAGGCAUACCCUGGGGUGAUGAUAGGGGUGGUCUUCUGGCAGAUAAUCACAGGCGACACGCCCAUCCGGGGGAGCAUGCGCCAGAUUCGGUGA